AAAUUGGUGAUCGGGAUACUGAUGAUCUACAUUGUGUGCUCAGAAAAUCAACAAAGCAAUAUUUACAAUAUAAAACAGUCAGCAGUUUCAACCAAAAUAUGAUCUGUACAAACGGUGUCACACAAAAUGGUUUCAAGGAGGAAAAUACUUCAGUCAAAGAGGAAUGUUUAUGCAAAAAUCGAAAAAAUAGAGAUACUAACACGGGUAUGAACGUUCUCUUUUCCUUUGGCGGAGCAAUGUUGGGAUUGUUCUUUGGAAUAGGUGUCACUGUAGCAUAUUUUAAAAGAAAAUCUAAAAAACCAAAAAUGUUAUCGGUUCGUAACAUGGUAUAUAAUCGGGAAAGGACAGACGACGAAGAAGUCACUUUCAAGGAAAUUACUGAAUACUCUGAAAUCCCUAACAGUUAUAGUAAUAGUGAAGAAGAGGAAGCACUAUUGGAAGAAAAGAGAAUGAAAAAUGCUUGCAAUCAAGAUAGAGAUGGGUGUGUUAUUGAUCAACAUGGUAAAACGAAUGUUGUACAAUCUUUGACUGUGAAAGAAAGCCCCAGCAGCCCAAACUUUGUGGAAACUUCACCUCCACUACAAUGUUUUGAAGCUUUAAAAAGUGAAGAAUAUUUGGAACCUACCACUCACCAUUAUUACAGGCAAUGUCAGGUGGAUAGCGAUCUUGUCAAAAUUGAGAAAAAAGAAGACGAAGGUUGCGCAAUAGGGAAAGAAAACCAACAUGUCAAUGAAAAGGAUGGUGCAAAUCUAGUUGGUCCUCGUGACGAAAAUAUUAAUCAUUACACGAUCUUAAUCGAGAAUUCCACAGAAAAUCGUGAAAUCUAUUUACCACAAGAAACAAAUCAUAGAUCUUCAAACUUGUGCAAUGUUAGUGAUGAUUAUAGUGAGGAGGAACCACCAUACUAUGUUUUAAGCACAACCCAGACAAAUCAACCCGUAUAUACCAAUACAUGUAUUGCAAGCAGCGACCAGGAAAUUAGUCAAACAUAAUCCCUGAAAAAAAGCUUCUCCCAAAAGUAGAAGAUUGAUUAAGGGUUUGAAUUAAUUGCUUUUUUAUUCAUAGAAGCUAAUGUGUUUUUUUUUACUUUUCAUAAUUCGUUUUAACUACUGGAGAAACUGUAAACAAAAUAACCGUGGAUUUUUCUAUUCAUUUGGAUGUAAACAAUGUAUACUUUUUUCUCAUGUCAAUGAUGCACGUAUAGGGCAAGUGGAAACAGCAUUGGUUGUUCAGGACCAAAAUACUCACGGGGAAAAUGGGUAUUUUGCAAUGAUCACUACAUAUUUAAAUGUGUCAUCAUUUAUGAGUAGACACUGUUUCCCCUCUAAUCCGUAUACUCUACAUCUUCAAAAAGGAGAAAAAAUAUUCACAAAAUAAUUAUUGUGAUAUUACUGAAAUAAUAGAAAAGCAGAAAAUAUUUUGUUGUUAAUGAUAUGUUU